AUGCCUUCCACACCAGGUUUUAACAAAGAAGUCUUAAUGGACAUCCUUCUCAGGCUACCUCCGAAGCCCCUCAUUCGGUUUCUUUGCGCGUGCAAAUUCUGGAAUGAUUUGAUUAGCAGCUCACUUUUUGUUACAACACAUCUUAAUUUAAAUGCAACAAGACGUGACAACAUUUUUCUACUUUGCCUCCACCACCAAGAUUUUGAACGUAAUUUCGAUGUUGACGAUCCAUUUGUGAAACAAGACCUUCAAUGGUCACUUUUUUCCAAUGAAACAUUUGAGCAGUGUUUCAAGUUAAAGCAUCCCUUAGGGAGCAUAGAGCAUUACGGGAUAUACGGUUCAAGCAAUGGGGUACUUUGCAUUUCGGAUGAAAUAUUAAAACCCAAGAGCCGUAUACACAUAUGGAACCCAACCAUUGGCAAGUGUAGGACUGUUCCGUUGAGCAUCACCGAUGACACGAAAUUUCGCUACAUUGCUCUCCAAUUCGGGUUCCACCCCGAGGUUAAUGACUACAAGGUUGUGAGGAUGAUGUGCACGGCCAACAAAGCAUUCGCCGUCGAGGUUUAUAGUCUUGCCACAAACUCUUGGAAGAUGAUUGAAGAUGUUCCUCCUUGGUUAAAAUGCACUUGGGAGCAUCAUCAAGGCACAUUUUUUAAUGGAGUUACAUACACCAUUAUUGAUAAAUGUCCUAUAAUCACCAUUGUGUCCUUCGAUUCGGGCAGCGAAAAAUUCGAAGAGUUUGUACUUCCUGAUGCCAUUUGCGGUACAUGGGGGUUACACAUUGGCAUUUACAAGGAACAAAUCUGCUUGCUCUAUGGAAAUUAUUGCUGCGAGGAGGAGGGCAUGGAUAAAAAUGAUUUUUGGGUUCUACAAAAAAAAGGAUGGAAACAAUUGAGCCCUUUUGUUUUUUCUUCUGAUCGCUGCUAUUCAACAAUGGGGAUCAGUGUUGACGAUGAACUCUUACUCGAAAAGAAUGAUUUCACAGUGGGUGCAGCAGAUUUGUAUUUGUGUAAUUAUGAAUCCAGGCAGAUUCGUGAAACAGGUAUUAAGUUGGCCUACAUGCGUUAUGGCCAAAAUGAAUUAUUGUUUGCAAUUACUUACGUAGAAACUUUAGGUUUUCUCGAUUAUUAAUGAGAUAUAUUUCUAACUUGUGGCGCAACCAA